AACGAAUAAAAGUUACAUAAAUUGAUUUUUUCUGUUGUGGGAUUAGAUUUAUAUUGCCUGCAGUUGAUAAGAACUCAAAAACUAUUGUAUUCUUUUUAUACCACUGUUUAAAUAAAAAGCAAGACUUGUAUGAAUGAUUCAUUGAUUUGAGUACAUGUACUUUCGUUUUGAUUGAAUUUCUAAGAUGGCCGAAGCAGAAACUAACCCAGAUAAAUGGUAUGCAAAACUCUUCCAGAAAAUUGGUCCAGAAAUGGGGGCUGAAUUCGAAAAAAUUGGAACCAACCUUGGUUUUACAAAUGCAGAGCUCGAUAAUAUCAGAGAUUCUAGUCGCCAUGCAAAAAACUGGGGAUUCAAACUGCUUACUGAAUGGAAGCAGAAACUAACAAAAGAACAAAACCCAGUAGCACUGUUAAAAGAAGCACUGACAGAAGCAAAUAGAGGUGACCUUGCAACAAUUGUUGAGCAAGAAGAUGAUAAACGUAAUCAUACUCCACUGCACCUACCAUCACCACCUACAGAUGAUCCAAGAGAUGAACCCGAUAAUCAGAACAAUGACUACUAUACUUAAAUAAUAAGCAAAAAAAUUGUAUUAAGAUGACAAUGAAAGAUCAAUAAAGGCAUAGCCUUACAAAAUAUAUUUCGUCUUUUAAAAAAUUGGAAGUACUUGCUGAUAUUCAAUUGCAUGGUUCAAAAAGGACAUUACGUAGCCUACAUUCCUGGAAAUAUGAUUCUGUAGUUUUACAUUU